GCUUUCUCGACCGUCACUAUGUCGGCUUUUGACAACACAUUCGGCGCCAUGUUUGAUGGGAUGACUAUCGCGACAGCGCUUUAUGGAAUUACCUGCGGACAGACUAUCGCGUAUUAUCGGGCUUAUCCAGACGAUCUGGAGUAUCUCAAAGUCCUGGUGGCAUUGCUUUGGGUGAACGAUACGCUCCAACAGAUCUUUGUCUUCCACGCUGGGUGGUACUACCUCGUGACCAAAUGCGGGUGUAACCUCAUAGCAUGCACGUCUUCGAACUGGAGCAUAGUAGCCCAAAUCGUCCCCUCAGAACUAAGCACCGCCAUCGUUGAAUUCUUCUUUAUCCUUAGGAUAUACAAGCUUGGCCAGAGUAAAUUUGCGUUAAUUCUGGGAAUACUACCAUGCGUCGCCUUCGCAUUUUGCAUGGCUUACGUGGCUAAAUGCUUCCGCCUCCCCGAAUUCCGCUUCGCCACUCAGGACCAGUGGGUGGUCUACGUAUUUGCACUAGCACACGCUGCCAACGAUAUCGUUAUUGCCAUCACGAUGUGUUAUUUCCUAUGGAAACAUAAAAAUCGCGGGUUCCUCCCGACGAGGUCGUUGGUUUCGUCUCUGAUGCAUUGGACGAUAACGACGGGGCUGCUAACGAGCAUCGUCACCUGGUCGUACUUCGUUCUAUACAUCGCGUUCCCGCUCGAUAUGUGGUACAUCGGGCUCUACAUCACACAUUCAAAAUUCUACGUCAACUCAAUGCUCGCAGUUCUGAAUAGCCGGAAGCGUCUCAGGGGACGCGCAAUCACACAGGUAUAUGGGUCGGGCUGACUUGGUCUUCUCGAUCUUCCUGCUGCUCCGUUCACCUGUAUAUACCCCGUGGUGGACCGACUGCUGAAAACUACAUUUCAUGGUUCAAUACCAUAAUCUAUAGGACCCCGACGAUAUACAAGGGUUUCCCCAGGGCGUCUGUCGCAAUAUUCCGAUUAACUCCUGAGUACUGAGUUGUAACUGAUAGCACGCCUUACGAACGCAUGAGUCCGAGUCGACGCGCAGACCCUUCAGUGCACCACCAGAAUGCAUUGCGUUUGGAUCUUACCCUCAUUUCGAGUAUGCAAGACGGUGGUUGCUCUGUGUGUAUACUCAAGCUUAAACUUCUCAGCUUAGUCGAAUAGUCGGAGAUUGUCUUGAUCUGGCACAUCUCAGGGCAUCGUCUUCCUGGUACCACAGGAUAUGUUAUGUCCUAGCAAAUCGUCGGUGUUCUGCACGAGUCGUCCAAUAAGCCCUCGCGGAAACUGGAGGUCACGAAGAAGGGAAUUUCUCGUCGUUACACUGCCUUGGCAACCUCUGUAGACACAUCUCACGGGCGCUCUAAAUUUAUACACCAUGUUAGCAUUCUAUCUCCGGC